UCCAGCCGCAGAGCAGCUGUCAUUUCCGGAGUAAGAUGGCCGCAGUGCGCGUGCUGAGAACCUGGAGCCAGAGUGUUGGGCGGCGGGUUUGUGUUCGCUACUUUCAAACAUGUAAUAAUGUUCAUGCUUCGCAGCCAAAAUACGUGUGUCUCCUUGGUUAUCCUUCAUUCAAGUACAGUCAUCCACACCGAUGGCUGAAAACAACUGCUGCUCAACAGGGGCAGAUUGUCCAGUUCAAACUCUCGGACAUUGGAGAAGGCAUCAGAGAAGUAACUGUCAAAGAAUGGUAUGUGAAAGUAGGAGACACAGUGUCUCAGUUUGAUAGCAUCUGUGAAGUUCAAAGUGAUAAGGCUUCUGUCACCAUCAGCAGUCGUUACGAUGGAGUCAUUAAAAAACUGUAUUAUAACCCAGAUGACACCGCCUACGUGGGGAAGCCCCUGGUGGACAUAGAAACGGAAGCCCUGAAAGACUCCGAGGAGGACGUGGUGGAGACGCCCGCCGUGCACCACGAGGAGCACACGCACCAGGAGAUAAAAGGCCGGAAGACGCUGGCCACGCCCGCCGUGCGCCGCCUGGCCCUGGAGAACAACAUUAAGCUGAGUGAAGUUGUCGGCACGGGAAAAGAUGGCAGAAUACUCAAAGAAGACAUUCUCAACUACCUGGAGAAGCAGACGGGAGCUAUCCUGCCUCCUUCACCGAAAGCGGAAAUCGUGCCGCCCGCGCCCAAACCCAGAGACAGCCCUGUCCCCGCACCCCUGUCCAAACCUCCGGUGUUCACAGGCAAAGACAGAACCGAACCCGUGACAGGCUUCCAGAAGGCCAUGGUGAAGACCAUGUCGGCGGCCCUGCAGAUCCCGCACUUCGGCUACUGCGACGAGGUCGACCUGACCGAGCUGGUGCGGCUGCGCGAGGAGCUGAAGCCCGUGGCUGCCGCCCGUGGGAUUAGACUCUCCUUCAUGCCCUUCUUCAUAAAGGCUGCCUCCCUGGGAUUGCUGCAGUUCCCCAUCCUCAACGCUUCCGUGGACGAGCAGUGCCAGAAGGUCACCUACAAGGCCUCUCACAACAUCGGGGUCGCCAUGGACACCGAGCAGGGCUUGAUCGUGCCCAACGUGAAGAGCGUCCAGGCCCGCUCCGUGUUCGAGGUCGCCGCGGAGCUGAACCGCCUGCAGGCGCUGGGCUCGGCGGGGCAGCUCAGCACGUCCGACCUCACGGGGGGCACCUUCACCCUGUCCAACAUCGGCUCGAUCGGGGGCACGUACGCCAAGGCCGUGAUCCUGCCGCCCGAGGUGGCGAUCGGGGCUCUUGGAUCCAUUAAGGCCCUCCCUCGGUUCAGCCAGACAGGGGAGGUGUGCAAGGCCCAGAUCAUGAACGUGAGCUGGUCGGCCGACCACAGAGUCAUCGACGGGGCCACCGUGGCACGCUUCUCCAACCUGUGGAAGUCCUACUUGGAAAACCCGGCCGUGAUGCUGCUGGAUCUGAAGUGAGGCCCGGCGACCCACGAGAAUCUCCGAGCUUCCAACGACACGUGGAGCCCAGCCUCGCCCGCACGCGCCCCCCGCGACAGGCCGGGCGUGGCCGGCUCGUUUCGGCGACUAGCAUCCUGAGGCACAACACUUCCCACUGUCCUGCCGCCCUUCCCGCUGAGAGCGAGCAGGGGCGUCCCGGGCCCCGGGCCACCCUGUUUCACAGGUCACGGCUGCACCUUCCCGACGUGGUGCUGCGUCUUCGUGUCCAGGGGCCGACACUGACAGCAGCAGCAAAACGCCGCUGGAAGACGGCAGCAGCCACGGACAGUGUUCGCCCUGUUUCUUUUUCUUACUUUCUACUGACUCAGUGACUCUUUCCGACCGCACUUAGCUGGGAGAAGGAACGUAUAUACGAACAUAUCUUCCAUUUCCCCACAAGACGCCAAUCGCUGUGUAAACUACGUGCGAUCACACUCAGCGCUUUAGAUGUCCGGGGGUUGUCACUCUGCAGAUGCCGUCGUCUGCAAAUGCCUUAUUUAUGCAAAGUGGCACCGUGGGAAAGGGAGAGCUGUGAGUGGGUCCUAACGCCCAGUUACGGUUUUAUAACCCGUGAAAGAGAGAGGGGGGAGUCGAAGGGGUAAUUAUGGCCAUUACAAUAGAACAACAAAUUCUGUGUAGAGAUGAAGGUAUCAUGACCACUUGAGUAGAGACCCGCUGGAAUCAGAAACACCAGCCAACAUCCUGGUUUGCAUUCAGGGAACCAACUGCAAAUCCCGUUGUUUCAAAUAUUGUCUAAAAAACUUCAAGUGAAGUGUUAUGAUAGAAAAAAAAAGUUGUUUUAAUAUGUACUUGAUUGCUUUAAUAAUGGAAAUAAUGUUAAAAUAAUGAUUGGCCCUGGCUGGGUAGCUCAGUCGGUUGGAGCACCUUCCCAAUACACCACGGUUGCGGGUUCGAUCCCCGGUCAGGGCUCACACAAGGGGCAAACAAUGAUGCAUCAGUAAGUGGAGCAACAAACUGACAUUUCCCUGUGACUCUCCUGCCCUCUCUCUCUCUCUGAAAGUCAAUAAAUAAUUUGUAAAAAGAAAGGAAAACAGUGGAUCAGCUGAAUGUUGUUAUUUUUAAAAUGCAGAUAUCAUGAAGAAAAUAAAUCACCCAUAAUCCUACCACUAUUAACACGUCGAUCAAUGCACCUGUAUACAUAGCUGUUCUUUUUAUAAAAAAGGAGAUCAGACUAUAGCUACUAUUUUAUAAUUUUUUUUAAUUUAACAUGAUAUCAUGGGUAACUUCAGAUGUCAAUAAACAACUCUACAUGAUCAUA